AUGUCAUCGGCUGAACGAUAUUCUCAAGUCAAAUGUACCUAGCAGGUAGUUAACAGUUACCGAGGCAGCCUAGCUUAAAUAUAGCUCAUGUAGGCAUUACGCGAUCAAGAACAAGCAAGACUUACUGAAUCGUUCAGGUUUCAGUACCUAGUUACUAUGAAAUUACUUCAAAUAGUCAUGCUUCUUGUCUUUUGUGCGAAAUUUACAGGUGGAUAUAAGUUUGUAAGAUCUAUUUUAGCGUCCGGAGUCCAGUAUUAUAAAAUAUUGAUGACAUUAGGAACUUGUAGAGGCAAGCUCAUCUUUACGGAACAAAAAGUAUGGGGCAACGUUAAGUUGAACAGAAUCUUGGACAUCUACUACAGGAGCGAUACACCAGACAUCUUGGUAUCCAGAGUGGAGCUAACAAUAGUAGCGAACAGUACAGAGUGUAUCGCAUACUCCGAACAAGGAGUGGGCCUCUCUUCCUUUAGUGCGAGCGUUCUGCUGCCGAUGCACGGAGGCACCGUACUGUACAAGUUGGAAGUUUUCACAUGCUCGUCGCCGACUACUGAGUCAUUGGAGACGACUACGGAAACCACGGUCAUAAAAUUUUGUUCAUGAAAUUCAAGUUUACCAGUAAAUUUAAAUUAAGUAUCUACGUAGAGUUAUUUACCUUAAACUUCUUUUUCUUGGCGUAUCUAUGACAAAAAUUAGAGCUGGAAAUGCUGGAAUAGUGUGGACAUAAUGUUUCUGCAUUAUCUGAAACUAUUACCUACUCCAGCGUAGUGGACUAGGCCUAAAAUAAAACCCUUCCUUCAACGGAAGGAGACCCGUGCCCCAUCAGUGGAGAUAUAUGUGAUGGGUCGGAUGAUGAUGAUUACCAACUUAGAUAAGAGUUACCGAUACUUAUAAAAUCAAGAACAAACUUAGGUUACUUAGGUGCUGGGGCGAUACUUUAAUUAGUUAAUGACGACUCGUGGGAGACUAUAUCAGCUGAUGUCAUUAUUAAAUAGCACAAUAGAUGUUUUAUCUCUAUGUAAGUAGUUAGGUACCUACUCAACCUAGUGUCUGUAUAAGUUUAUACGCUUAACAGUUUCCUCAAGUCAUUUUCUGCUCUAAUUUCAGUAUGAACUAGUAACAUUUUACUGUAAACCUAUCAGUAAUUUAUUAGCUUCUACAUAUAAUGCUGGCAUGUCUCCCUCAGUUAUCCUCAUUGUGUCAGAUGUGUGACAUCUUCAGAUUAGCAGUUCUGUGUUUAGAUAAUAUCCAGAGAGACUACUGUUGCUUGAUAAUAUCCUCGAUACUCUGAAACGAAACUUCGUAGUUAACGAGUAUCGUAUAUCGAAGCUAGAGUGAACGUUCUGAA